AUGACUCGUUGGGAAAGUUUCCCGAUCAGCGAACAGGAACAAGCAUAUCUGGCGGCCACUACUACAACAACAACUGUCAACGUUGCAACUGCUGCCCAGAACUUAGUCCGACACAGUUUAGGAGGGUUUAUCCGUCAAGAGGUGUCGGAAACCGGACAAACCAUUUGCUUCUACCGCUACAACACCGCCGACACUGCAAUUCCAUAUUUAUGUGAACUUGGGUGUUGUAGUCAUGGAUGUUGUACGAUUUCGGAUCUAGCCGCAAGAAGCACAUCAUUUGGAUGGGCGAUAGCACUACUGGUUAUGGUUCUCAUAACCAUUGUGUUUGCAGUCUUAGCACUGAUAACUGUUUGGCUCAUGAAUCGACAUAAAGACAAGAUUCACAAGCAACAUUUGGCAGAGAGCACUAUCGAGAGCCCAUCAGUCAGUCAGAUAAGUGGUCCAACUUCCUUUUAUCCAGACGUCCAAUUCAAUCAUCUCAGUGGUUUUAAGUCAUAUUAA